CAGAAGUUUACAGAAGAAGUUGAACGUGCCAUUGCUAUCCUUUUGACAAAACUCUCUCCUGCCAAAGUUGACUCUUCUCUGACCAGUGGAGAUGGCAGAGGUUGAUCAGACUGUGGAUCUGUCCAAGGCAGAGGCAGAGACAGAGACAGGAGAGGGUGGGAACGGGCAUCUGUCUUCCAGUGCAGACCAAAACAGUGGGUCCAGUACAGGACAGAAGUCUACCACCAAGAGGAAGCAUGAGGAGGAGGACGACAGCUCUCCAACUAAGAAACGGGUAAGAAAUGGAUAAAUUAGAAAGGAUCUGAACUGAUUAAUUAGAGAACUAUUGAAUGAUAGAUCAGUGAAUCAUCUCUCUUUCUCCCCCUGUCUCUCUUUCUCCCCCUGUCUCUACUUCUCCCCCUGUCUCUCUCUCCCCCUGUCUCUACUUCUCUCCCUCUCUCCCCCUGUCUCUCCUUCUCUCCCCCCCUCCUAUGUUCCAGCAUGGUCAUGGAGAAAAGGUGGCAACCCAUUACAACCUGCUCCAGGAGACCGGCCUCGCUGCCAGGAGCCAGAGCAGAAUAUUCUACAUGAGGAACUUCAACAACUGGCUUAAAAGUGUUCUAAUUGGUAAGAUUGUAAUAUCUAUUGUUUACAGGAAACUCAUUCAACAAAUCUAGAUGAAGUGUGGAAAAAGGACGGGGGGGGGGGCAAAUAUACUUCUCCCAUGGGCAAAGAAACUCAAAAGUGGUGAUGCUAUUAAUUUAAAACAUUGUGAUAAAUAAAAAAGUAUUCAUUUUUCCAGUUUCAUUUAAGGACCAAAGGAUUGACAGCAGUUCCAUAUAGAUUGCAAAAUAGUUGGGAAGAGAUUUUUGACGUAUCGAUUCCAUGGCAAAUGGUUUAUGAACUGAUACGUAAAACGAUGCCGGAUUCAAAACUUAGAAUUUUUCAAUUUAAAUUAUUAGACAAAAUUCUUGCAACCAAUAGAAUGUUAUUUAUAUGGGGGAUACAAUCUUCCCAGCUCUGCAUAUUUUGCUGCGAAGAGACAAUCAUUAGAUCAUUUGUUUUGGUUCUGUCCAUUUGUAGCUUGUUUUUGGUCACAGGUCCAGGAAUGGCUGAAGGAUUGCAAUAUUUACCUGGAGCUAACCCUGCAGAUAGCACUACUGGGUGAUCUGAAAAGUCAUAGUCAAUCGAUCAAUAAUAUAAUAAUACUUUUAGCAAAAAUGUUUAUUUUCAAUUUACAAUCUGUAGAAACAAUGAGAAUAGAAAGGUUCAGAACUUUUGUGAAACAUCACAGUACAGUUGAACAAUAUAUGGCAAAUAGAAAUCCAAUAUGGAUGGUGUUAAGAGAUAGAUGGGAGGGGUUGAAUGGAGCUGAAGGUUGGGACUAAAACAACUAAUAACAACAAAAUAACUAAUUUAAAACAUACUGUGUCCAUAAUAAGUAUAUACAGUGGGGAGAACAAGUAUUUGAUACACUGCCGAUUUUGCAGGUUUUCCUAAUCCAGAAAAUCACAUUGUAUGAUUUUUAAGUAAUUCAUUUGCAUUGUAUUGCAUGACAUAAGUAUUUGAUCACCUACCAACCAGUAAGAAUUCCGGCUCUCACAGACCUGUUAGUUUUUCUUUAAGAAACCCUCCUGUUCUCCACUCAUUACCUGUAUUAACUGCACCUGUUGGAACUCGUUACCUGUAACCUCUCCACAAUGGCCAAGACCAGAGAGCUGUGUAAGGACAUCAGGGAUACAAUUGUAGACCUGCACAAGGCUGGGAUGGGCUACAGGACAAUAGGCAAGCAGCCUGGUGAGAAGGCAACAACUGUUGGCGCAAUUAUUAGAAAAUGGAAGAAGUUCAAGAUGACGGUCAAUCACCCUCGGUCUGGGGCUCCAUGUAAUAUCUCACCUCAUGGGGCAUCAAUGAUCAUGAGGAAGGUGAGGGAUCAGCCCAGAACUACACAGCAGGACCUGGUCAAUGACCUGAAGAGAGCUGGGACCACAGUCUCAAAGAAAACCAUUAGUAACACACUACACCGUCAUGGAUUAAAAUCCUGCAGCGCACGCAAGGUCCUCCUGCUCAAGCCAGCGCAUGUCCAGGCCUGUCUGAAGUUUGCCAAUGACCAUCUGGAUGAUCCAGAGGAGGAAUGGGAGAAGGUCAUGUGAUCUGAUGAGACAAAAAUAGAGCUUUUUGGUCUAAACUCCACUCGCCGUAUUUGGAGGAAGAAGAAGGAUGAGUACAACCCCAAGAACACCAUCCCAACCGUGAAGCAUGGAGGUGGAAACAUCAUUCUUUGGGGAUGCUUUUCUGCAAAGUGGACAGGACGACUGCACCGUAUUGAGGGGAGGAUGGAUGGGGCCAUGUAUCGCGAGAUCUUGGCCAACAACCUCCUUCCCUCAGUAAGAGCAUUGAAGAUGGGUCGUGGCUGGGUCUUCCAGCAUGACAACGAGCCGAAACACACAGCCAGGGCAACUAAGGAGUGGCUCCGUAAGAAGCAUCUCAAGGUCCUGGAGUGGCCUAGCCAGUCUCCAGACCUGAACCCAAUAGAACGUCUUUGGAGGGAGCUGAAAGUCCGUAUUGCCCAGCGACAGCCACGAAACCUGAAGGAUCUGGAGAAAGUCUGUAUGGACAAGUGGGCCAAAAUCCCUGCUGCAGUGUGUGCAAACCUGGUCAAGACCUACAGGAAACGUAUGAUCUCUGUAAUUGCAAACAAAGGUUUCUGUACCAAAUAUUAAGUUCUGCUUUUCUGAUGUAUCAAAUACUUAUGUCAUGCAAUAAAAUGCAAAUUCAUUACUUAAAAGUCAUACAAUGUGAUUUUCUGGAUUUUUGUUUUAGAUUCCGUCUCUCACAGUUGAAGUGUACCUGUGAUAAAAAUUACAGACCUCUACAUGCUUUGUAAGUAGGAAAACCUGCAAAAUCGGCAGUGUAUCAAAUACUUGUUCUCCCCACUGAAUGUAUGCGAAAAAAUAAUUCAGAUUCUAAACUACUAUAAAAAAUGUUCCCACUGCUCUGAUUGGACUACAGUAGAUUCCUCAGAGCAGUCUGAGCUGGAGGUCAGCAAUGCUUUGCCUAAUAUUGUUUCACUGCUUUGCUGUGAAUUCAAUGCACUCAGUUAGCCUUUAUUCUUUGUGCUCUAGAUAUCUUGUUCUAUCUGUAAACUAGAGGUCCCUCCCGUCCUCCCAGGUGAGGUCCUGGACACGGUGCGUCAGAGCCGCAGAGAGCUGUCUGUUCUGGACCUGGGCUGUGGGAAAGGUGGAGACCUGCUCAAGUGGAGGAAAGGACACAUCAGCCGGCUGGUCUGUGUAGGUAGGUACAGGACAAUAUGUUGCUCUUUUUUCUUCUGUCUGAGUAGCAGUCCGCAUGAUCACAACAAGCUUGUUCCUAACCACAUCUAGGAUCUUUCUCAGUCUUCCCUCGAUUGCUUUUGUCCUCUCCUCGCUGAUGUUCUGAGCAGUAGGAAGAGAGGACAUGAGAAACCUCCUCGCUGAUGUUCUGAGCAGUAGGAAGAGAGAGGACAUGAGAAACCUCUCCUCGCUGAUGUUCUGAGCAGUAGGAAGAGAGAGGACAUGAGAAACCUCUCCUCGCUGAUGUUCUGAGCAGUAGGAAGAGAGAGAGGACAUGAGAAACCACUCCUCGCUGAUGUUCUGAGCAGUAGGAAGAGAGAGAGGACAUGAGAAACCUCUCCUCGCUGAUGUUCUGAGCAGUAGGAAGAGAGAGAGGACAUGAGAAACCUCUCCUCGCUGAUGUUCUGAGCAGUAGGAAGAGAGAGGACAUGAGAAACCUCUCCUCGCUGAUGUUCUGAGCAGUAGGAAGAGAGAGAGGACAUGAGAAACCUCUCCUCGCUGAUGUUCUGAGCAGUAGGAAGAGAGAGGACAUGAGAAACCUCUCCUCGCUGUGUUUUGAGCAGUAGGAAGAGAGAGAGGACAUGAGAAACCUUCCUCGCUGAUGUUCUGAGCAGUAGGAAGAGAGAGGACAUGAGAAACCUCUCCUCGCUGAUGUUCUGAGCAGUAGGAAAGAGAGGACAUGAAAACCUCUCCUCGCUGAUGUUCUGAGCAGUAGGAAGAGAGGACAUGAGAAACCUCCUCGCUGAUGUUCUGAGCAGUAGGAAGAGAGAGGACAUGAGAAACCUCUCCUCGCUGAUGUUCUGAGCAGUAGGAAGAGAGAGAGGACAUGAGAAACCUCUUCCUCGCUGAUGUUCUGAGCAGUAGGAAGAGAGAGGACAUGAGAAACCUCUCCUCGCUGAUGUUCUGAGCAGUAGGAAGAGAGAGAGGACAUGAGAAACCUCCCUCGCUGAUGUUCUGAGCAGUAGGAAGAGAGAGAGGACAUGAGAAACCUCUCCUCGCUGAUGUUCUGAGCGUAGGAAUAGAGAGAGGACAUGAGAAACCUCUCCUCGCUGAUGUUCUGAGCAGUAGUGAAGAGAGAGAGGACAUGAGAAACCUCUCCUCCCUGAUGUUCUGAGCAUAGGAAGAGAGGACAUGAGACCAUAGAGAGGAGGCAGAGAAUGAGAAACCUCCUCGCUGAUGUUCUGAGCAGUAGGAAGAGAGGACAUGAGAAACCUCUCCUCGCUGAUGUUCUGAGCAGUAGGAAGAGAGAGGACAUGAGAAACCUCUCCUCGCUGAUGUUCUGAGCAGUAGGAAGAGAGAGAGGACAUGAGAAACCUCUCCUCGCUGAUGUUCUGAGCAGUAGGAAGAGAGGACAUGAGAAACCUCUCCUCGCCUGAUGUUUCGAGCAGUAGGAAGAGAGAGGACAUGAGAAACCUCUCCUCGCUGAUGUUCUGAGCAGUAGGAAGAGAGAGGACAUGAGAAACCUCUCCUCGCUGAUGUUCUGAGCAGUAGGAAGAGAGGACAUGAGAAACCUCUCCUCGCUGAUGUUCUGAGCAGUAGGAAGAGAGAGAGGACAUGAGAAACCUCUCCUCGCUGAUGUUCUGAGCAGUAGGAAGAGAGAGAGGACAUGAGAAACCUCUCCUCGCUGAUGUUCUGAGCAGUAGGAAGAGAGAGAGGACAUGAGAAACCUCUCCUCGCUGAUGUUCUGAGCAGUAGGAAGAGAGAGAGGACAUGAGAAACCUCUCCUCGCUGAUGUUCUGAGCAGUAGGAAGAGAGGACAUGAGAAACCUCUCCUCGCUGAUGUUCUGAGCAGUAGGAAGAGAGAGAGGACAUGAGAAACCUCUCCUCGCUGAUGUUCUGAGCAGUAGGAAGAGAGAGAGGACAUGAGAAACCUCUCCUCCCUGAUGUUCUGAGCAGUAGGAAGAGAGAGAGGACAUGAGAAACCUCUCCUCCCUGAUGUUCUGAGCAGUAGGAAGAGAGAGGACAUGAGAAACCUCUCCUCGCUGAUGUUCUGAGCAGUAGGAAGAGAGAGAGGACAUGAGAAAUGGGGGAAGGCCUGUUGAAAAGAAGCCUUGAGGUGCAGUACAGUUUAGUUUUCAUAUGUUGUCUUGUGUUGACAGACAUAGCAGCUGUGUUGUUUACCAUGUUGUCAGACAUAGCAGCUGUGUUGUUGUUUAAAUGUUGUCAGACAUAGCAGCUGUGUUGUUGUUUACAUGUUGUCAUGUUGACAGACAUAGCAGCUGUGUUGUUGUUUACCAUGUUGUCCUGUUGAUAGACAUAGCAGCUGUGUUGUUUACCAUGUUGUCCUGUUGAUAGACAUAGCAGCUGUGUUGUUGUUUACCAUGUUGACAGACAUAGCAGCUAUGUUGUUGUUUACCAUGUUGUCCUGUUGACAGACAUAGCAGCUGUGUUGUUGUUUACCAUGUUGUCAGACAUAGCAGCUGUGUUGUUGUUUACCAUGUUGACAGACAUAGCAGCUAUGUUGUUGUUUACCAUGUUGUCCUGUUGAUAGACAUAGCAGCUGUGUUGUUGUUUAAAUGUUGUCAGACAUAGCAGCUGUGUUGUUGUUUAAAUGUUGUCAGACAUAGCAGCUGUGUUGUUGUUUAUCAUGUUGUCCUGUUGAUAGACAUAGCAGCUGUGUUGUUGUUUACCAUGUUGUCCUGUUGAUAGACAUAGCAGCUGUGUUGUUGUUUACCAUGUUGUCCUGUUGAUAGACAUAGCAGCUGUGUUGUUGUUUACCAUGUUGUCCUGUUGAUAGACAUAGCAGCUGUGUUGUUCUUUACCAUGUUGUCAGACAUAGCAGCUGUGUUGUUGUUUACCAUGUUGUCCUGUUGAUAGACAUAGCAGCUGUGUUGUUGUUUACCAUGUUGUCAGACAUAGCAGCUGUGUUGUUGUUUACCAUGUUGUCCUGUUGAUAGACAUAGCAGCUGUGUUGUUGUUUACAUGUUGUCAGACAUAGCUGUGUUGUUGUUUACAUGUUGUCAGACAUAGCAGCUGUGUUGUUGUUUACAUGUUGUCAGACAUAGCAGCUGUGUUGUUGUUUACCAUGUUGUCAGACAUAGCAGCUGUGUUGUUGUUUAAAUGUUGUCAGACAUAGCAGCUGUGUUGUUGUUUAUCAUGUUGUCCUGUUGAUAGACAUAGCAGCUGUGUUUGUUUACCAUGUUGUCGUGAUAGACAUAGCAGCUGUGUUGUUGUUUACCAUGUUGUCUGUUGAUAGACAUAGCAGCUGUGUUGCCUGUGAUAACAUAGAAGCUGUUGUUUUUUACCAAUGUUGUCCUGUUUUGAUAGGACAUAGUCAGCAGUGUUGUUGUUUACCAUGUUGUCCUGUUGAUACGGAACAUAGCAGCGUGUUGUUGUUUUACCAUGUUGUCCUGUUGAUAAGACAUAACAGCUGUGUUGUUGUGUACCAUGUUGUCCUGUUGACAGACAUAGCAGCAUGUGUUGUUGUUUACCAUGUUGUCCUGUUGUAUAGACAUAGCAGCUGGGUGUUGUUGUUUACCAUGGUUGUCAGACAUAGCAGCCUGUGUUGGUUGUUACCAUGUAGUUUCAUGUUUGAUAGACAUAGCAGCUGUGUUGUUGUUUACCAUGUUGUCAGACAUAGCAGCUGUGUUGUUGUUUACAUGUUGUCCUGUUGACAUACAUAGCAGCUGUGUUGUUGUUUACCAUGUUGUCCUGUUGAAAGACAUAGCAGCUGUGUUGUUGUUAACCAUGUUGUCCUGUUGACAUACAUAGCAGCUGUGUUGUUGUUUACCAUGUUGUCCUGUUGACAGACAUAGCAGCUGUGUUGUUGUUUACCAUGUUGUCCUGUUGAAGACAUAGCAGCUGUGUUGUUGUUUACCAUGUUGUCCUGUUGACAGACAUAGCAGCUGUGUUGUUGUUUACCAUGUUGUCCUGUUGAUAGACAUAGCAGCUGUGUUGUUGUUUACAUGUUGUCAGACAUCAGCUGUGUUGUUGUUACCAUGUUGUCAGACAUAGCAGCUGUGUUGUUGUUUACCAUGUUGUCAGACAUAGCAGCUGUGUUGUUGUUACCAUGUUGUGACAUAGCAGCUGUGUUGUUGUUUACCAUGUUGUCCUGUUGAUAGACAUAGCAGCUGUGUUGUUGUUUACCAUGUUGUCCUGUUGAAACAUAGCAGCUGUGUUGUUGUUUACAUGUUGUCCUGUUGGACAGACAUAGCAGCUGUGUUGUUGUUUACCAUGUUGUCUGUUGAGACAUACAGCUGUGUUGUUGUUUACCAUGUUGUCCUUUGAGACAUAGCAGCUGUGUUGUUGUUUACCAUGUUUUGUCAACAUAGCAGCUGUGUUGUUGUUUACCAUGUUGUACAGACAUAGCAGCUGUGUUGUUGUUUACCAUGUUGUCCUGUUGAUAGACAUAGCAGCUGUGUUGUUGUUUACCAUUGUUGUAGAACAUAGCAGCUGUGUUGUUGUUUACCAUGUUGUCCUGUUGAAGACAUAGCAGCUGUGUUGUUUUUUACCAUGUUGUCCUGUUUGAUAGACAUAGCAGCUGUGUUGUUGUUUACCAUGUUGUCAAACAGCAGCUUGUUGUUGUUACCAUGUGUCAGACAUAGCAGCUGUGUUGUUGUUUACCAUGUUGUCCUGUUGAUCAGACAUAGCAGCUGUGUUGUUGUUUACCAUGUUGUCUGUUAAGACAUAGCAGCUGUGUUGUUGUUUACCAUGUUGUCAGACAUAGCAGCUGUGUUGUUGUUUACAUGUUGUCCUGUUGACAGACAUAGCAGCUGUGUUGUUGUUUACCAUGUUGUCCUGUUGAUAGACAUAGCAGCUGUGUUGUUGUUUACCAUGUUGUCCUGUUGAUAGACAUAGCAGCUGUGUUGUUGUUUACCAUGUUGUCCUGUUGACAUACAUAGCAGCUGUGUUGUUGUUUACCAUGUUGUCCAGACAUAGCAGCUGUGUUGUUGUUUACCAUGUUGUCCUGUUGUCAGACAUAGCAGCUGUGUUGUUGUUUACCAUGUUGUCCUGUUGAUAGACAUAGCAGCUGUGUUGUUGUUUACCAUGUUGUCCUGUUGACAUAGCAGCUGUGUUGUUGUUUACCAUGUUGUCCUGUUGAUAGACAUAGCAGCUUGUUGUUGUUUACAUGUUGUCAACAGCAGCUGUGUUGUGUUUACCAUGUUGUCGACAUGCAGCUGUGUUGUUGUUUACCAUGUUGUCAAGACAUAGCAGCUGUGUGUGUUUUUACCAUGUUGUCCUGUUGUCAGACAUAGCAGCUGUGUUGUUGUUGUUACCCUGGGUCAUGUUGUCAGAACAUUGGCAGCUGUGUUGUUUUUACCCCUGUUGUCCUGUUGUUCCGAAUGCAGCUGUGUUUGUUGUUUACCAUGUUGUCUGUUUGACAUACAUUAGCCGCGUGUUGUUGUUUACCAUUGUUGACAGACAUAGCAGGCUGUGUUGUUGUUUUACCCAUGUGUUCCCCCUGUUGUCAGGGACAAGCAUCUGUGUUGUUUUUACCCUGUUGUCCUGUUGUCAGACAUAGCAGCUGUGUUGUUGUUUACAUGUUGUCAGACAUAGCAGCUGUGUUGUUGUUUACCAUGUUGUCCUGUGUCAGGACUAGCAGCUGUGUUGUUGUUUACCCCUUUUUGUCCUGUUGUCAGACAUAGCAGGAUGUGUUUUUGUUUACCAUGUUGUCCGUUUGAUAGACAUAGCAGCUGUGUUGUUGUUUACAUGUUGUCCUGUUGAUAGACAUAGCAGCUGUGUUGUUGUUUACCAUGUUGUCUUGUGUUGACAGACAUAGCAGCUGUGUUGUUGUUUACCAUGUUGUCAGACAUAGCAGCUGUGUUGUUGUCCUGUUGAUAGACAUAGCAGCUGUGUUGUUGUUUACCAUGUUGUCUUGUGUUGACAGACAUAGCAGCUGUGUUGUUUACCAUGUUGUCUUGUGUUGACAGACAUAGCAGCAGUAUCGGUGGAUCAGUGCCAGGUUCGUUAUGAGGAUAUGAGGAAGAGGGGUCAUCCUAACGAACGUAUCUUCUCUGCAGAGUUCAUCACAGCUGACUGCACCAAGGUACACCCAGUCUCUACACAUACAGCAUGAAGACCCCCCCCCCCCUGUCUCUACACAUACAGCAUGAAGACGCCCCCCCCCCCCCCCCUCUGUCUCUACACAUACAGCAUGAAGACGCCCCCCCCCCCCUCUGUCUCUACACAUACAGCAUGAAGUGGUCAUUUGUUUUGGUCUGUAAAAAUUAGAACAUCAGAAUAUCACAAUGUUCUGUGUGCAGAAAUAGAAAUGUGUUACAGAGGCACCAUGUCACAUUACUUUCAUUAACAUUCUUCCAACCUCUCAAUACCUUCAACGUAGCAGCUGUGAUGUUGUGUUCCGCUCUGCCUUCAGGAGCUGCUGACAGACAAGCUGAAGGAUCCAGAGAUGCAGUUUGAUGUGACCAGCUGUCAGUUUGUCUACCAUUACUCCUUUGAGACACAGCAGCAGGCGGAUCUGAUGUUGAAGAACGCCUGUGAGCAGCUGAGACCAGGAGGAUACUUCAUAGGCACCACACCAGACGCAUAUGAACUGGUGUAAGUAGAUACUUCAUAGUCACCAGACAUAUGAACUGGUGUAAGUAGAUACUUCAUAGUCACCAGACAUAUGAACUGGUGUAAGUAGAUACUUCAUAGUCACCAGACAUAUGAACUGGUGUAAGUAGAUACUUUAUAGUCACCUCCAAUCAUCAUCCAAGACAAAUGGGUUUCCAUCACAUUUUCAACUCUACUAAACAAUGUGCGUUAUAUAGCGAGUGUGCCAACAGUUUGUGCCAACAUCUGGCGGAUAGUGUGGGAAGGCUACCUACAUGAUAUUAUGGACCUGCUGGUCUGAUGGGUACUGUCAGUGGCUUGAUGACAUGAUAUCUACAUUUUACAUUACAUUUUAGUCAUUUAGCAGAAGCUCUUAUCCAGAGCGACUUACAGGAGUAAUUAGGGUUAAGUGCCUUGCUCAAGGGCACAUCGACAGAUUUUUCACCUAGUCGGCUUGGGGAUUAGAAUCAGCGACCUUUCGGUUACUGGCACAACGCUCUUACCCACUAAGCUACCUGCUGGUCUGAUGGUUACUGUCAGUGGCUUGAUGACAUGAUAUCUACCUGAUGGUUACUGUCAGUGGCUUGAUGACAUGAUAUCUACCUGCUGGUCUGAUGGUUACUGUCAGUGGCUUGAUGACAUGAUAUCUACCUGCUGGUCUGAUGGUUACUGUCAGUGGCUUGAUGACAUGAUAUCUACCUGCUGGUCUGAUGGUUACUGUCAGUGGCUUGACGACAUGAUAUCUACCUGCUGGUCUGAUGGUUACUGUCAGUGGCUUGACGACAUGAUAUCUACCUGCUGGUCUGAUGGUUACUGUCAGUGGCUUGAUGACAUGAUAUCUACCUGCUGGUCUGAUGGUUACUGUCAGUGGCUUGAUGACAUGAUAUCUACCUGCUGGUCUGAUGGUUACUGUCAGUGGCUUGACGACAUGAUAUCUACCUGAUGGUUACUGUCAGUGGCUUGACGACAUGAUAUCUACCUGCUGGUCUGAUGGUUACUGUCAGUGGCUUGACGACAUGAUAUCUACCUGCUGGUCUGAUGGUUACUGUCAGUGGCUUGACGACAUGAUAUCUACCUGCUGGUCUGAUGGUUACUGUCAGUGGCUUGAUGACAUGAUAUCUACCUGCUGGUCUGAUGGUUACUGUCAGUUGGCCUGAUGGACCAUGAUAUCUACCAUGCUGGUCUGAUGGUUACUGUCAGUGGCUUGACGACAUGAUAUCCUACCUGCUGGUCUGAUGGGUUAUGUCCAGUGGCUUGAUGACUUAAUACUACCACCUGCUGGUCUGAUGGUUACUGUCAGUUGGCUUGACGGACAUGAUAUCUACCAUGCUGGUCCUGAUGGGUACUGUCAGGGCUUGAUGACAUGAUACUACCUGCUGGUCUGAUGGUUACUGUCAGUGGCUUGAUGACAUGAUAUCUACCUGCUGGUCUGAUGGUUACUGUCAGUGGCUUGAUGACAUGAUAUCUACCUGAUGGUUACUGUCAGUGGCUUGACGACAUGAUAUCUACCUGCUGGUCUGAUGGUUACUGUCAGUGGCUUGAUGACAUGAUAUCUACCUGCUGGUCUGAUGGUUACUGUCAGUGGCUUGACGACAUGAUAUCUACCUGCUGGUCUGAUGGUUACUGUCAGUGGCUUGACGACAUGAUAUCUAACUGCUGGUCUGAUGGUUACUGUCAGUGGCUUGAUGACAUGAUAUCUACCUGCUGGUCUGAUGGUUACUGUCAGUGGCUUGACGACAUGAUAUCUACCUGCUGGUCUGAUGGUUACUGUCAGUGGCUUGAUGACAUGAUAUCUACCUGCUGGUAUGAUGGUUACUGUCAGUGGCUUGAUGACAUGAUAUCUACCUGCUGGUCUGAUGGUUACUGUCAGUGGCUUGAUGACAUGAUAUCUACCUGCUGGUCUGAUGGUUACUGUCAGUGGCUUGAUGACAUGAUAUCUACCUGCUGGUCUGAUGGUUACUGUCAGUGGCUUGAUGACAUGAUAUCUACCUGCUGGUCUGAUGGUUACUGUCAGUGGCUUGACGACAUGAUAUCUACCUGCUGGUCUGAUGGUUACUGUCAGUGGCUUGACGACAUGAUAUCUACUGCUGGUCUGAUGGUUACUGUCAGUGGCUUGACGACAUGAUAUCUACCUGCUGGUCUGAUGGUUACUGUCAGUGGCUUGACGACAUGAUAUCUACCUGCUGGUCUGAUGGUUACUGUCAGUGGCUUGACGACAUGAUAUCUACCUGCUGGUCUGAUGGCUACUGUCAGUGGCUUGACGACAUGAUAUCUACCUGCUGGUCUGAUGGCUACUGUCAGUGGCUUGAUGACAUGAUAUCUACCUGCUGGUCUGAUGGUUACUGUCAGUGGCUUGAUGACAUGAUAUCUACCUGCUGGUCUGAUGGUUACUGUCAGUGGCUUGAUGACAUGAUAUCUACCUGAUGGUUACUGUCAGUGGCUUGACGACAUGAUAUCUACCUGUGCUCUGUUCCUCUUCAGGAAGCGUGUGGAAGCCAUAGACUCCAACUCCUUUGGUAACGAGGUGUUCAGCGUGACGUUUCAGAAGAAGGGCCAUUACCCUCUGUUCGGCUGUCAGUAUGACUUUAAUCUGGAGGGGGUGGUCAAUGUCCCAGAGUUCCUGGUUUAUUUCCCCCUGUUUGAAGAGUAAGUGUUACCAGAGUAAGGGUUAUCAGAGUAAGGGUUACCAGAGUAAGGGUUACCAGAGUAAGGGUUACCAGAGUAAGGGUUACCAGAGUAAGGGUUACCAGAGGAAGGGUUAUCAGAGGAAGGGUUACCAGAGUAAGGGUUAUCAGAGUAAGGGUUAUCAGAGUAAGGGUUAUCAGAGGAAGGGUUAUCAGAGUAAGGGUUAUCAGAGUAAGGGUUACCAGAGUAAGGGUUACCAGAGUAAGGGUUACCAGAGGAAGGGUUACCAGAGGAAGGGUUACCAGAGUAAGGGUUAUCAGAGGAAGGGUUACCAGAGGAAGGGUUACCAGAGGAAGGGUUACCAGAGGAAGGGUUACCAGAGUAAGGGUUACCAGAGUAAGGGUUACCAGAGUAAGGGUUAUCAGAGGAAGGGUUACCAGAGGAAGGGUUACCAGAGGAAGGGUUACCAGAGUAAGGGUUAUCAGAGUAAGGGUUACCAGAGGAAGGGUUACCAGAGGAAGGGUUACCAGAGGAAGGGUUACCAGAGUAAGGGUUACCAGAGUAAGGGUUAUCAGAGGAAGGGUUACCAGAGGAAGGGUUACCAGAGGAAGGGUUACCAGAGGAAGGGUUACCAGAGGAAGGGUUACCAGAGGAAGGGUUAUGACAUGUUGGUCAAGUGAAUCCACCUGCUUGUGGAAAUGGAAGUAGAUGUCAUUACCAGGGGUUGGAAGUUAAAUUAAUUUCCAAUCGUUUCAUUCUGAACAGAACCACUAUUUUUUUCGUUCCAUUCCACUGUUCCGACCAGCAAAAUAAAGUUCUGAACUGGUUCGAACCCCCCCCAAAAAAGUACUGGUUUAUAUUAUUAUUUUCUGUUCCUUUUUUACAUUUAGCUCAUUAAAUGACUUCACCAAUCAGUGCUGACAGAGCAGGCAGGCUGGUUGGUUACAUGAGUGAUGGACAGAAGUGUAGCCAAUGGCACAAGGUGCGACUGAAACUUUGCGGAUGGGGAGAGAGCGAGAGCGUGUUGAGGAGGAGGCUUGAAGCGCUGGGCAUCUUGUUAUGACAUGCAUUAUCUGAAUUAGGUCCACAGAAUUAUAACUAGGAGGAGCGGCUUCUAUGGAGGAACGUUGAAUGUCCUUUGAACUAGCAAGCUUGUUUGUGCAGAGCGGCACCAGAAUUAAAAACACGUCUUACCUUUUUGUAGUUAAUAAAUCCAACGUGAAACGUGAUAACAAGGCUAUAGUAACUUUAACUAGCAUUGAAAAAGUUAAUCCAUUCUUCUCUAGCUAAUUAACAAUCUCUCUCUCCCUAAUUUCUGAAUCACGCUUGUAACGUCAGUACAGAAGCCUCUGCUUCAGAGGGGGAGGAAGGCCUGAACACACUGGUAAAGAUGUUCAGCUUGCAGACACUGGAAUAUGUUUCUGACUGAGACAAUGAGGGGUUUGCAUAGGCGCUUUGUUGCGUUUUUGUUGUUGUUGUGGGACUAGAAAGAAAUGCAUGGAAUGUAAAAUAACGUUAUUAACAGGUUCCCAUGCUUUCGAAGUAACGGUCUGGUUCACUUCCAUUCCAGUUUCCAUUUCAGUUCCUUGAAUCUUUUUUUCUUUCGGUUCUGUUCCCUGAACCGGUUCCAACCCCUGGCAUAACAUUUGUUUUCAACCUUUGAACUGUCUUGACUUGGUAUUUUAGUCAUAUUGUAAUAUUAGAAGAUACCAGAAGGUGGUGGACAGGGAUUACAUGGAAUCAGUAAUGCGUCUGGCAAAACUUUACCUCACAAACAGAAUGGUUUCAUUGAUAACGUCUUUGUAUUUAAAGGUAAAUACAUUUUUAUAGUUUUUAAAUAUUUUGAUCCCAAGGUGAAAUGUCACCAAUGUCUCAGAUUCAGUUUCUUAUAAAUAUACUUUAUAUUAGUCUCUUACCAGAGAGCUGAGCUAGUGUUUUCUAUUGACAGGAUGGCCAAGAAGUACAACAUGCGUCUGGUGUUUAAGAAGACGUUCUCCCAGUUCUUUGAGGAGCACAUAAAGAACAACCAGCACAAGAUGUUGAUGCAGAGGAUGCAAGCACUGGAGGUGGGGAUCAAUACACACUACCGUUCAACAGUGGGGAUCAAUACACCCUACCGUUCAACAGUGGAACAGUUUGGGGAUCAAUACACCCUACCGUUCAACGGUGGGGAUCAAUACACACUACCGUUCAACAGUUUGGGGAUCAAUACACCCUACCGUUCAACAGUUUGGGGAUCAAUACACCCUACCGUUCAACAGUGGGGAUCAAUACACACUACCGUUCAACAGUGGGGAUCAAUACACCCUACCGUUCAACAGUUUGGGGAUCAAUACACCCUACCGUUCAACAGUUUGGGGAUCAAUACACCCUACCGUUCAACAGUGGAACAGUUUGGGGAUCAAUACACACUACCGUUCAACGGUGGGGAUCAAUACACACUACCGUUCAACAGUGGGGAUCAAUACACACUACCGUUCAACAGUGGGGAUCAAUACACACUACCGUUCAACAGUUUGGGGAUCAAUACACACUACCGUUCAACAGUUUGGGGAUCAAUACACACUACCGUUCAACAGUUUGGGGUCACUUAGAAAUGGCCUUGUUUUCGAAAAGAAAAGCCAUUUUUUUUGUCCAUUUAAAAUAACAUAAAAUGGAUCAGAAAUACAGUGUAGACAUUGUUAAUGUUGUAAAUUGCUAUUGUAGCUGGAAACGGCUGAUUGUUAAUGGAAUAUCUACAUAGGCGUACAGAGGCCCAUUAUCAGCAACCAUCAGUCCUCUGUUCCAAUGGCACGUUGUGUUUGGUAAUCCAAGUUGAUCAUUUUAAAAGGCUAAUUGAUCAUUAGGAAACCCUUUUGCAAUUAUGUUAGCACAGAUAAAAACUGUUGUGCUGAUUUAAAGAAGCAAUAAAACUGGCCUUCUUGAGACUAGUUGAGUAUCUGGAGCAUCAGCAAUUGUGGGUUCGAUUACAGGCUCAAAAUGGCCAGAAACAAAGAACUUUCUUCUGAAACUCGUCAGUCUAUUCUUGUUCUGAGAAAUGAAGGCUAUUCCAUGCGAGAAAUUGCCAAGAACCUGAAGAUCUCGUACAACGCUGUGUACUACUCCCUUCACAGAACAGCGCAAACUGGCUCUAACCAGAAUAGAAAGAGGAGUGGGAGGCCCCGGUGCACAACUGAGCAAGAGGACAAAUACAUUAGAGUGUCUAUUUUGAGAAACAGGCGCCUCACAGGUCCUCAACUGGCAGCUUCAUUAAAUAGUACCCGCAAAACACCAGUCUCAACGCCAACAGUGAAGAGGCGACUCCGGGAUGCUGACCUUCUAGGCAGAGUCCCAAAGAAAAAGCCAUAUCUCAGACUGGCCAAUAAAAAGUAAAGAUUAAGAUGGGCAACAGAACACAGACACUGGACAGAGGAUGAUUAGAAAAAAGUUAUGGACAGACGAAUCGAAGUUUGAGGUGUUCGGAUCACAAAGAACAUUUGUGAGACGCAGACCAAAUGAAAAGAUGCUGGAGGAGUGCUUGAUGCCAUCUGUCAAGCAUGGUGGAGGCAAUAUGAUGGUCUGGGGGUGCUUUGGUGGUGGUAAAGUGGGAGAUUUGUACAGGGUAAAAGGGAUCUUGAAGAAGGAAGGGUAUCACUCCAUUUCGCAACGCCAUGCCAUACCCUGUGGACGGCGCUUGAUUGGAGCCAAUUUCCUCCUACAACAGGACAAUGACCCAAAGCACAGCUCCAAACUAUGCAAUAACUAUUUAGGGAAGAAGCAGUCAGCUGGUAUUCUGUCUAUAAUGGAGUGGCCAGCACAGUCACCGGAUCUCAACCCUAUUGAGCUGUUGUGGGAGCAGCUUGACCGUAUGUUAUGUAAGAAGUGCCCAUCAAGCCAAUCCAACUUGUGGGAGGUGCUUCAGGAAGCGUGGGGUGAAAUCUCUUCAGAUUACCUCAACAAAUUAACAACUAGAAUGCCAAAGGUCUGCAAGGCUGUAAUUGCUGCAAAUGGAGGAUUCUUUGACGAAAGCAAAGUUUGAAGGACACAAUUAUUAUUUAUAUAAAAAAUCAUUAUUUCUAACCUUGUCAAUGACUACAUUUCCUAUGCUUUGCUAUAUUUCCUAUUCAAACUCAUUUCAUGUAUGUUUUCAUGGAAAACAAGGAAAUUUCUAAGUGACCCCAAACUUUUGAACGGUAGUGUACAUCAAUAGAUUAAUCAGUUACCUGGACUGAUCAAUAUGCAUCAAUAGAUGAAUCAGUUACCUGGACUGAUCAAUGAAACAGAAAUAAAAAACCAUGAGGAACCAGGAUCUUUGCAAGAAGGUUAUUGUAUUCAAGACAACGUAUUAAAUGUCUGCAGGUGGGGGAUUCAAAGUCCCCACUACUUUACCCCACUAGCUAUAGGCUACUAAAUGUAGCCUUUGCCCACAGUGGUGUCUCAUGUUCAUUGAUGCAGAAUAAUUAGUGGAACGCUUGUCAAUUGUGUUUAAUAAUAUGACUCUCCGUUACAGAGACACCAGUACCUCUGUUAAUUAUGUGACGUGAAGAUAACACAGUUCAAUGCAAACUGGACAGAAAAGCUGUACUUUAGAUUAAUGCAAUGCAAAGGUCACACUCAUUUAUUAAAGAUACAUUUUUAUGAUUUGAUGAAACAGGAAUUGUUUUAAUGACGUCCCAUAUCUUUUGACGUGAGGAAUGAACCAUUCUUUAGAUAUCAUGUGUCUUUGUAGCAUCUGAAAACAAUAUCAAGUCUUCACUAGCCUGGAGCAACAGCCUUCAAUUUGAUAUAGUCCCCAUCUGUGCUGUCCUGUCUAGAACCUCUGCAGAGAAAGAAGUGUUCUUAACAUUAGUAACCAAAAACAAGUCUCUUUAUGUAUCCGGAGUGUAUUAUAGACACACUGUGAGUCAGCGACGCCACGGUGUGACUCAUAACCUGGCUGGACAGAGCUUCUAAAAGGAAAAGGGUGAUGUUGCUGUAACUAAUUGUGUUGUUGUGUCAGUCUUUCCCGACAGAAAACAGGAACAAGUCAUCCUCAGACAGCCUUGAUGAUUAUGAUCACGCCAAGAGAAAGGCUGACAGCCCUAAUGUCAAGCUGCCGCUGGUAAGAGAUAAUGAAUGUCUCUGUCUUGGGACCUAUCUUCAUAUUGACAAGCACAACUCCAUGACUUCAAUGGAGAUUUAGAUGAAGUGUUUUCAGUGUAAAUUUAAACCACUAAACUCACAUAAAAAGUAUGUAGAAAAGAUAAUGGAACUAUGUUUUUAAAUAAGAUCAUCUUCAAGAACAAACGAUCACCAAAUAAAAACUAGACGGGGAGAAUCUAAAAUACAAAACAUUUCAUGGCAUACAUUGAUUUUGUGAUAAUGUUUGAGUCACUCAGACAGCAUAAGAACAUGGCAAAAUGUGUGGAAUUACAGGAAACUAGCUUUAAAAUGUUCUCUCCGCCCCAUAGCGAAAUGUGGAGAAUUGCAGGAAAUUUGCUUUAAAACAUUACAAUUUUGGCAUGGUUUUAGAGGUCCUCUAAAACCAUGCCAUUGCCCACCCCCACUAUCAACCCCCACACCCCCACUAUCAACCCCCACACCCCCACUGUCAACCCCCACACCCCCACUAUCAACCCCCCACCCCCACUAUCAACCCCCCCACCCCACGCCAACUUUGCCACCACUGCUGAAAAAAGUAUUGGGGGAAGCACUGAGAUUUAUACAAUGAGAUAUAACUUUGAGAACUUUUUAGCUUUGUAAAAUUACUUUCUUUAAAGGGGCAAUCUGCUAUUGAAUACAUACAAACAUUUUGGGAUUUUUUAAAUUAAUGAUAUACCCAUUAAUUCUUGAAGAAUAUAAUUUAUGAAUGCCUCAUGAGAUUAGUUAAACUGUCGUACCCCAUCAGAACUCAAAAUAUAACCUUGUUUUCUCUAAGGUAGAUAAUGGAAACAAACACUCUAUAGCCCCUAAACAUGGUUAAAACUAUUAUUUUGAUCUCAUGGAUCGUCAGCCCUCGGAUCCAUAGCUCUGUCUAUACAUUUUUACAAUUCUCCAGCCCCAUCCCUCAGCUGUUUACCAAAACAAGUGAUGGGGUGAUGCUUUUGUUGUUGUUUGAAGUGCAGAUUACCCCUUUUAAAAAUUUGAAUGAUGCAGUCAGUGAAAGUGUUUACACUAAUGUAAUAGAUGCAUUUCUAAUCAAGAGCCUUUCAUGGUACCCAAGGACAGUGUUUAUAAGAAACAUUAGAAUAUCCAAUGUACAGAAACGGCAUUGUGACCAUCUGUAUUGCUCCUUGUUUCUGUACAGGGAACAUUGAGCAAGUCUGAGUGGGAGGCAACAAGUAAGUAGCAUGGGUUUUGUUUCAACCCUUUUUGUGUGUUAUUUGUAACCAGUCAUGUUAACUGCUUCUACUAACAGUACUAGUCAUUAGUUCUGGAUUUACACUCUUCAGUAUUAAUCUGCUGUUUCUAAUCUAAUUUUAGAGUGUAAUAAAUGUCAGUAAAGGCUGAAAUGUUUCACAGCUAAAGAUGUAUAGAUGAAUGUAUACUACAUCAUGUGUACUUAAUAAGUCUGUCUGAUUUAGAGACUCAACACAGGACUGUUGUUGUUAUUGUUCCAUGGUUUGGUUGUAGAUAUUAGUCCUAGUACCGUCAGGAUGAUAUCUCUAUUGGUUGUAGAUGUUAGUCCUAGUACCGUCAGGAUGAUAUCUCUAUUGGUUGUAGAUAUUAGUCCUAGUACCGUCAGGAUGAUAUCUCUAUUGGUUGUAGAUAUUAGUCCUAGUACCGUCAGGAUGAUAUCUCUAUUGGUUGUAGAUAUUAGUCCUAGUACCGUCAGGAUGAUAUCUCUAUUGGUUGUAGAUAUUAGUCCUAGUACCGUCAGGAUGAUAUCUCUAUUGGUUGUAGAUAUUAGUCCUAGUACCGUCAGGAUGAAAUCUCCACAGAAUCUCGUAAAGGACCAUGUAAAACGUUUAAAGUCCCAGUCUUUCCUGUGUUUUUGUAUAUACAGUUGAAGUUGGAAGUUUACAUACACCUUAGCCAAAUACAUUUAAACUCAGUUUUUCACAAUUCCUGACAUUUAAUCCUAGUAAAUAUUCCCUGUCUUAGGUCAGUUAGGAUCACCACUUCAUUUUAAGAAUGUGAAAUGUCAGAAUAAUAGUAGAGUGAUUUAUUUCCGCUUUUAUUUAUUUCAUCACAUUCCCAGUGGGUCAGAAGUUUACAUACACUCAAUUAGUAUUUGGUAGCAUUGCCUUUAAUUUGUUUAACUUGGGUCAAACGUUUCGGGUAACCUUCCACAAGCUUCCCACAAUAAGUUGGGUGAAUUUUGGCCCAUUCCUCCCGACAGAGCUGGUGUAACUGAGUCAGGUUUGUAGGCCUCCUUGUUCACGCACGCUUUUUCAGUUCUGCCCACAAAUGUUCUAUAAGAUUGAGGUCAGGGCUUUGUGAUGGCCACACCAAUACCUUGACUUUGUUGUCCUUAAGCCAUUUUGCCACAACUUUGGAAGUAUGCUUGGGGUCAUUGUCCAUUUGGAAGACCCAUUUGCGACCAAGCUUUAACUUCCCGACUGAUGUGUUCAUGUUGCUUCAAUAUAUCCACAUCAUUUUCCUUCCUCAUGAUGCCAUCUAUUUUGUGAAGUGCACCAGUCCCUCCUGCAGCAAAGCACCCCCACAGCAUGAUGCUGCCACCCCCGUGCUUCACGGUUGGGAUGGUGUUCUUCGGCUUGCAAGCAUCCCCCUUUUUCCUCCAAACAUAACGAUGGUCAUUAUGGCCAAACAGUUCUAUUUUUGUUUCAUCAGACCAGAGGACAUUUCUCCAAAAAGUACAAUAUUUGUCCCCAUGUGCAGUUGCAAACCAUUGUCUGGCUUUUUUAUGGCAGUUUUGGAGCAGUGGCUUCUUCCUUGCUGAGCGGCCUUUCAGGUUAUGUCGAUAUAGGACUCGUUUUAUUGUGGAUAUAGAUACUUUUGUACCUGUUUCUUCCAGCAUCUUCACAAGGUCCUUUGCUGUUGUUCUGGGAUUGAUUUGCACUUUCCGCACCAAAGUACGUUCAUCUCCAGGAGACAGAACGCGUCUCCUUCCUGAGCGGUAUGAUGGCUGCGUGGUCCCAUGGUGUUUAUACUUGCGUACCAUUGUUUGUACAGAUGAAUGUGGUACCUUCAGGCAUUUGGAAAUUGCUCCCAAGGAUGAACCAGACUUGUGGAGGUGUACCAUUUUUUUCCUGAGGUCUUGGCUGAUUUCAUUUGAUUUUCCCAUGAUGUCAAGCAAAGAGGCACUGAGUUUGAAGGUAGGCCUUGAAAUACAUCCACAGGUACACCUCAAAAUGCAUCCACAGGUACACCUUCAAUUGACUGAAAUUAUGUAAAUUUGCCUAUCAGAAGCUUCUAAAGCCAUGACAUCAUUUUCUGGAAUAUUCCAAGCUGUUUACAUACACUAAAUUGACUGUGCCUUUAAACUUCUGACCCACUGGAAUUGUGAUACAGUGAAUUAUAAGUGAAAUAAUCUGUCUGUAAACAAUUGUUGGAAAAAUUACUUGUCAUGCACAAAGUAGAUGUCCUAACCGACUUGCCAAAACUAUAGUUUGUUAACAAGACAUUUGUGGAGAGGUUGAAAAACAAGUUUUAAUGACUCCAAACUAAGUGUAUGUAAACUUCCGACUUCAACUGUAUAUCCACACUAUGAGGUUGGAAUAAUACUGUGAAAUUGUGAAAAUGAUGAUAAUGAUGAUAAUGAUGAUAAUGAUGAUAAUGCCCUUUUAGUGUAAGAGCAGUUUGAAAAGACUGCCUGAAAUGUCAGCCUGUUUAGGUGGGAUGGAGUUUUGGCCUGUCUGGUGAUUUAUUGGGGUAGUCUUUGAUAUGUGGAUAUUAUAUACCUCACAUGCGACCCAUGAAUCAACCGUCCUAUUAAUAUGAUUCAAGUCUAUUAAACAGAAUAUCUGAUUCCAUUUAACGUUAUAGUAAAACCAUGUGCAAUCAAGUAUUAUGCUUUUGCCGACUAAGAUCAAGAAAUGGUCAUGAGAAGCGAAUAUCAAAGCAAGUAUUAUUUAAUAACUUAGUCAAAUGAAUGGAUUCACAUACAAGGCAUAAACCUAAGUUACAAGGCAAUACUGACAUUAACAAAGCAUAAUUCUAGGCAUAUACACUGAACUAAAAUAUAAACGCAACAUGUAAAGUGUUGGUCCCAUGUUUCAUGAGCUGAAAUAAAAGAUCCCAGAAAUGUUCCAUACGCACAAAAAGCUUAUUUCUCUCAAAUUUGUUUACAUCCCUGUUAGUGAGCAUUUUCCCUUUGCCAAGAUAUGCCACACCUAUCAGGUGGAUGGAUUAUCAAGAAGCUGAUUAAACGGCAUGAUUAUUACACAGGUGCACCUUGUGCUGGGGACAAUAAAAGGCCACUCUAAAAUGUGCAGUUUGUCAUACAGCACAAUGCCACAGAUGUCUCAAGUUUUGAGGGAGUGCAAUUGGCAUGCUGACUGCAGGAAUGUCCACCAGAGCUGUUGCCAGAGAAUUGAAUGUUCAUUUCUCUACCAUAAGCCACCUUGAACGUCGUUUUAGAGAAUUUGGCAGUACGUCCAACCGUCCUCACAACCACAGACCACAUGUAUGGCGUCAUGUGUGCGAGCGGUUUGCUGAUGUCAACGUUGUAAACAGUGCCCCAUGAUGGCGGUGGGGUUAUGGUAUGGGCAGGCAUAAGCUACGGACAACAAACACAAUUGCAUUUUAUCAAUGGCAAUUUGAAUGCACAGAGAUACCGUGACGAGAUCCUGAGGCCCAUUGUCGUGCCAUCACUUAAUGUUUCAGCAUGAUAAUGCACGGUCCCAUGUCGCAAGGAUCUGUACACAAUUUCUGGAAGCUGAAAAUGUCCCAGUUCUUCCAUGGCCUGCAUACUCACCAGACAUGUCACCCAUUGAGCAUGUUUGGGAUGCUCUGGAUUGACGUGUACGACAGCAUGUUCCAGUUCCCGCCAAUAUCCAGCUUCUUCGCACAGCCAUUGAGGAGGAGUGGGACAACAUUUCACUCGCCCCAAUCAACUGCCCUCUAUGUGAAGGAGAUGUGUCAAGCUGCAUGAGGAAAAUGGUGGUCACACCUGAUACUGACUGGUUUUCUGAUCCACGCCCCUACCUUUUUUAAAGGUAUCUGUGACCAACAGAUUCAUAUAUGUAUUCCCAGUCAUGUGAAAUCCAUAGAUUACGACCUAAUUUAUUUAUUUCAAUUGACUGAUUUCCUUAUAUGAACUGUACAUUUUUGAAAUUGUUGCAUGUUGCGGUUAUAUGUUUGUUCUAGGUCCUAGGUUAACUUACAAGACCAAGCAUGAAAAAAGAGAUGCCUAGGAAAUUAGAAUUGUUCAUACCUCGAUGGACUGGACACAGGGUAAGAGACAGAACAAUGGGAUAAGAUGGUGGUAGUCAAGCUGAGGUUAACCCACUGUUUAUAAAUAGCUAUAUGGUGGUAGUCAAGCUGAGGUUAAUCAAUAAAUGCAAGCAGACAUUUUGAUUAGCUAGGUAGCUAACGUCAGAGGGGGAAGGGCUGACUGGUCCUUGGGCAUUGUCUUGGUCCAUUUGCCAUGCGGCCAGAGGGUGACCGAGAGCACUUAAAUUAGGGCCGAGCCUACAGUGACAUCACCAGCCGUUAAAUUAGUUAAUAGACCAAUAAGAGAGUUCCAAACCUUUCUGCCAAUAACAGCUCGUUUUGGUUUUCCCCUCCCCACUCCCAGACAGUCCUAGCCCCACUCAGAUCACUGACAGUCCAAAGUUCUUUACUUGAGAAAUUGCUCUUGCUAAGAAGCUAUUUUUGUUUCUUUUUGAUUUUAAUUGAAAACAAUCACAGUAAUGUACACUAUAUAUACAAAAGUAUGUGGACACCCAUUCAAAUUAGUGGAUUCUGCUAUUUCAGCCACACCCGUUGCUGACAGGUGUAUAAAAUCGAGCACACAGUCAUGCAAUCUCUAUAGACAAACAUUGGCAGUAGAAUGGUCAACUGUAAGUGCUGUUAUUGUGAAGUUUAAACAUCUAGGAGCAACAACGGCUGAGCUGCGAAGUGGUAGGCCACACAACUGGACCGCUGAAUCGUCUGUCCUCGGUUGCAACACUCACUACCGAGUUCCAAACUGCCUCUGGAAGCAACAUCAGCACAAGAACUGUUCCUCGGGAGCUUCAUGAAAUGGGUUUCCAUGGCCGAGCAGCCGCACACAAGCCUAAGAUCACCAUGCGCAAUGCCAAGCGUCGGCUGGAGUGGUGUAAAGCUCGUCGCCAUUGGACUCUGGAGCAAUGGAAACGCGUUCUCUGGAGUGAUGAAUCACGCUUCACCAUCUGGCAGUCUGACGGACGAAUCUAGGUUUGGCGGAUGCCAGGAGAACGCUACCUGCCCCAAUGCAUAGUGCCAACUGUAAAGUUUGGUGGAGGAGGAAUAAUGGUCUGGGGCUGUUUUUCAUGGUUCGGGCUAGGCCCCUUAGUUCCAGUGAAGGGAAAUCUUAACGCUACAGCAUACAAUGACAUUCUAGACGAUUCUGUGCUUCCAACUUUGUGGCAACAGUUUGGGGAAGGCCCUUACCUUUUUCAGCAUGACAAUGCCCUGUGCACAAAGCGAGGUCCAUACAGAAAUGGUUUGUCAAGAUUGGAGUGGAAGAACUUGACUGGCUUGCACAGAGCCCUGACCUCAACCCCAUCGAAUACCUUUGGGAUGAAUUGGAACGCAGACUGCUAGCCAGGCCUAAUCGCCCAACAUCAGUGCCCGACCUCACUAAUGCUCUUGUGGUUGAAUGGAAACAAGUCCCCGCAGCAAUGUUCCAACAUCUAGUGGAAAGCCUUCCCAGAAGAGUGGAGGCUGUUAUAGCAGCAAAGGGGGGACCAACUCCAUAUUAAUGUCCAUGAUUUUUGGAAUGAGAUGUUGGACGAGCAGGUGUCCACAUACUUUUGGUCGUGUAGUGUAUGUAGGGAGUGAAAUAGGGUAGCUGUCUAUGUAACCAACUGAAAUGUUAAUGUUGGGUUGUGUAGUGUACUUAAUGGUUACCCAGAAAUGAUUUGAUAUUGAGAUAAAAACGGCUGCUUUGGACCUUUUUUAAUAUUGUUGCUUUCCCCUCCACACACUUAGGCAGUAACCUGUAACACUGUUGAGUUUCUGUGGUGGUCGCUGCAGCAGGGAGGAGAGCGAGACCAACGUGGGUCACAUAGUCGCUCGCUGUCUUUUUUUUUUUUACUCCCUUUAGUCCAUACAGGAGAUACGGCCCAAAUUCUCUUCAUGUGGGCAUAUCAGAACCAUUAAGCCUUGUUCACACUGACAGUUUGAAGUGAUUUAAAUCAAAUUUUGUUGCGUAUCAGAUUCAAGUCUGAUCUUUUUCCUACAGUGUGAACAGCCAAAAGGCACAUGGAAUCUGAUAUUUUCAAGGCAGAUUUAAACCACAUUCAUACGUGGUUUGAAAUCAGAUACAAAUCGGAUUCCUGGCCAUGCGACUUGUGUCUGAAUGGUCAAAUCAGAUUUAUUUGCAGUCAAUACUUUUAUUUAUCAUAUCUUGUCUGUUUACAGUUUGACAAGUACAUGUGGUAGCUAACUGGCUUGUUAAUUGUUUACAAAAACGAAUUUGUAAAUGUGCUAGCAAGCUAAACAGCUAACUAGCUUGUUGACUGUUGUGGCUAGCCCCCCAAAAGGUUUAAAGUUGGAUCAUCCUUGAGGCUUUAAGUGUUCUAACACUAUGAUCUCGAACAAAGAAAUUAAGUUGUAAUGAAAACCAAUUGAACAGGAGCGACAUGCAGGGGAAGUCUUUAUAAAAGAAUCGCCUCCACAUUUCUAUGGUUUGAUUUUGGCUAAGCUAAUUUGAAAGCAAGGUAAGACGUUCCUCAUUAUUUGAAGAAAAGCAAAACGUUCAGGUUUCAAACAAUUAUACUGCCUUAAGCUCACAUUGUAAAGCGGUGGUUGACGCGCUGAUAGUAAUAAUAAUAGCUUGCAUACCGUUGACUAUAGCACUCGAAUGGCGAAUGGGUAGCGUGCUUUAAUUAUGAGUUGAGCUUGAGAAAUAAAAAUUGUAGCUCUUUUAAAUCAUGACCAUCAAAACAGUUUUUAACAUGCAUUUAGAAUUAUUUGUUGCUCAUGACUGGGCUUAUAAAAGCACGUUUCACCCCAGUACCAGCAGUGAUAUCACCAAAACAUCCUAAACCGGCUGAAAUUAUAGUCAGUCUUCUCAAACAGCACUAAAGGCCAUUAUCAUCAUCUUCACCCUCAUAGUGUGGGCAUACAGUGCAUUCGGAAAGUAUUCAGACCCCUUCACUUUUUUCACAUUUUGUUACGUUACAGCCUUAUUCUAAAAUGGAUUCAAUAUUUUUUCCCCUCAUCAAUCUACACGCAAUUCCCCAUAAUGACAACUCGAGAACAGGUUUUUUGACAUUUUUGCUAAUUUAUUACAAAUAAAAAACAUACCUUAUUUACAUAAGUAUUCAGACCCGUUGCUAUGAGACUCGAAAUUGAGCUUAGGCGUAUCAAGGAUCCUCCUUGAUGUUUCAACAAGUUGAUUGGAGUCCACCUGUGGUAAAUUCAAUUGAUUGGACAUGAUUUGGAAAGGCACACACACCUGUCUAUAUAAGGCCCCAGUAUGAAAAUGAAUGCACUCACUAACUGUAAGUCGCUCUGGAUAAGAGUGCCUGCUAAAUGACUAAAAUGUAAUGUAAAAUGUCCCACAGUUGACAGUGCAUGUCAGAGCAAAAACCAAGCCAUGAGGUCGAAGGAAUUGUCCGUAGAGUUCCGAGACAGUAUUGUGUCGAGGUACAGAUCUGGAGAAGGUUAUCAAAAAAUGUCUGCAGCAUUGAAAGUCCCCAAGAACACAUUGGCCUCCAUCAUUCUUAAAUGGAAAAGUUUGGAACCACCAAGACACCCGGUUAAACUGAGCAAUCGGGGGAGAAGAGCUUUGGUCAAGGAGGUGUCCAAGAACCUGAUGGUCACUCUGACAGAGCUCCAGAGUUCCUCUGUGGAGAUGGGAGAACCUUCCAGAAGGACAACCAUCUCUGCAGCACUCCACCAAUCAGGCCUUGAUGGUAGAAAGGCCAGACGGAAGUCCUCAGUAAAAGGCACAUGACAGCACGCUUGGAGUUUGCCAAAAGGCACCUAAAGGACUCUCACACCAUGAGAAACAAGAUCCUCUGGUCUGAUGAAACCAAGAUUGAAUUAUUUGCCUGAAUGCCAAGCGUCACGUCUGGAGGAAACCUAACACCAUCCCUAUGGUGAAGCAUGGUGGUGGCAGCAUCAUGCUGUGGGGAUGUUUUUCAGCGGCAGGGACUGGGAGACUAGUCAGGAUCGAGGGAAAGAUGAACGGAACAAAGUACAGAGAGAUCCUUGAUGAAAACCUGCUCCAGAGCGCUCAGGACCUCAGACUGGGCUGAAGGUUCACCUUCCAACAGGACAACGACCCUAAGCACACAGCCAAGACAACGCAGGAGUGGCUUCGGGACAAGUCUCUGAAUGUCCUUGAGUGGCCCAGCCAGAGCCCGGACUUUAACCAGAUCGAACAUCUCUGGAGAGACCUGAAAAUAGCUGUGCAGCAACGCUCCCCAUCUAACCUGACAGAGCUUGAGAGGAUCUGCAGAGAAGAAUGGGAGAAACUCCCCAAAUACAGGUGUGCCAAGCUUGUAGCGUCAUACCCAAGAAGACUUGAGGCUGUAAUCGCUGCCAAAGGUGCUUCACUGAAUGCUUAUGUAAAAGUGAUAAUUCAGUUUUUUGUUUUACAUUUGUAAAAAUGUCUAGACCUGUUUGUGCGUUGUCAUUAUGGGGUAUUGUGUGUAGAUUGAUGAGGGGAGAAAAAACAAUGUGAUCCAUUUUAGAAUAAGGCUGUAACGUUACAACGUGGAAAAAGUCAAGGGGUCUGAACCUUACGAAGGCGCUAUAUAUAUAAAACACAGGUACAGUUGAAGUCGGAAGUUUACAUACACUAAGUUGACUGUGCCUUAGUACGCAAGUAUAAACACCAUGGGACCACGCAGCCGUCAUACCGCUCAGGAAGGAGACGCGUUCUGUCUCCUAGAGAUAAAAGUACUUUGGUAUAUUAUAUACACUUAGGUUGGAGUCAUUAAAACUUGUUUUUCAACCACUCCACACAUUUCUUGUUAACAAACUAUAGUUUUGGCAAGUCGGUUAGGACAUCUACUUUGUGCAUGACACGAGUCAUUUUUCCAACAAUUGUUUACGGACAGAUUAUUUCACAUAAUUCACUGUAUCACAAUUCCAGUGGGUCAGAAGUUUACAUACACUAAGUUGACUGCGCCUUUUAAACAGCUUGGAAAAUUUCGUCAUGGCUUUAGAAGCUUCUGAUAGGCUAAUUGACAUCAUUCGAGUCAAUUGGAGGUGUACCUGUGGAUGUAUUUCAAGGCCUACCUUCAAACUCAGUGCCUCAUCGCUUGACAUCAUGGGAAAAUCAAAAGAAAUCAGCCAAGAUCUAAAAAAAAAAAAUGGUAGACCUCCACAAGUCUGGUUCAUCCUUGGGAGCAAUUUCCAAACGCCUGAAGGUACCACGUUCAUCUGUACAAACAAUAGUACGCAAGUAUAAACACCAUGGGACCACACAGCCGUCAUACCGCUCAGGAAGGAGAUGCGUUCUGUCUCCUAGAGAUGAACGUACUUUGGUGCGGAAAGUGCAAAUCAAUCCCAGAACAACAGCAAAGGACCUUGUGAAGAUGCUGGAGGAAACGGGUACAAAAGUAUCUAUAUCCACAGUAAAACAAGUCCUAUAUCGACAUAACCUGAAAGGCCACUCAGCAAGGAAGAAGCCACUGCUCCAAAACCGCCAUAAAAAAGCCAGACAACGGUUUACAACUGCACAUGGGGACAAAGAUUGUACUUUUUGGAUAAAUGCCCUCUGGUCUGAUGAAACAAAAAUAGAACUGUUUGGCCAUAAUGACCAUCGUUAUGUUUGGAGGAAAAAAGGGGAUGCUUUCAAGCCGAAGAACACCAUCCCAACUGUGACGCACGGGGGUGGCAGCAUCAUGCUGUGGGGGUGCUUUGCUGCAGGAGGGACUGGUGCACUUCACAAAAUAGAUGGCAUCAUGAGGAAGGAAAAUUGUGGAUAUAUUGAAGCAACAUCUCAAGACAUCCGUCGGGAAGUUAAAGCUUGGUCGCAAAUGGGUCUUCCAAAUGGACAAUGACCCCAAGCAUACUUCCAAAGUUGUGGAAAAAUGGCAUAAGGACAACAAAGUCAAGGUAUUGGAGUGGCCAUCACAAAGCCCUGACCUCAAUCCUAUAGAAAAUGUGUGGGCAGAACUGAAAAAGCGUGUGCGAGCAAGGAGGCCUACAAACCUGACUCAGUUACACCAGCUCUGUCAGGAGGAAUGGGCCAAAAUUCACCCAACUUAUUGUGGGAAGCUUGUGGAAGGCUACCCGACACGUUUGACCCAAGUUAAACAAUUUAAAGGCAACGCUACCAAAUACUAAUUGAGUGUAUGUAAACUUCUGACCCACUGGGAACGUGAUGAAAUAAAUAAAAGCUUAAAUAAAUCACUCUACUAUUAUUCUGACAUUUCACAUUCUUAAAAUAAAGUGGUGAUCCUUACUGAUCUAAGACAAGGAAUUUUUACUAGGAUUGAAUGUCAGGAAUUGUGAAAAACUGAGUUUAAAUGUAUUUGGCUAAGGUGUAUGUAAACUUCCGACUUCAACUGUAAAUCAUGUUUUUGAAUGCACUGGGCCUUUAAGCAAGCACAUAUAAGUCAAUAUUAUUGGUUGGGCCAAAUCCUUCUGCUCCGAGUUGAGGUUGUGACACUGCAAUGACCUGUCUGCUAAUGAGCUGAUUUUAUUAAUCAAUCAAACCUAAUUGAAUUAUCUCUCUCCUCUUAAUGCCCCGGAUGUGCACUAGCUAAUGUGGAUCCUAAUGAAUUAAACAAAACUCUCUUUCUUCCAUCUCCAUCUCUCCAUCUCUCUCUCAGGCAUAUACCUGGUGUUUGCAUUUGAGAAAAUGUCCUGAAUGCCAGAGAAGAGAACCCCAGUUUGAGAAGUCGACUCGUCAAUAUAACAAUAUUACACUGUUUUUUGUUUGGUAUGUUUUGGGGGGGGGGUGUUUUUGAAGAACAGACUUGCUACCCACUCUGCAGUGCUUUGGGCAGAGCAUGGGGGGGAAAAAAAUAAAAUAAAAUGGGGGUAGAAUUGCUAAUGUAGUUUUAAUGUUUUCCUGUAUUGGUUUGAGCUUUGACUGUAUUUGACAGUAAGCUUGUGUUGUCCUAUCCAUCCAGCCAUCAGCUAUAGCCAGACUGUUGUCAUCAUCUGUAGUUCAUAUCUAUCCAGCCUUACUACUUCACCUUUAACCUAGUGAUGUCCUUUAUACAACGGGGUGUGUCUAAUCCUGAAUGCUGAUUGGUUAAAACCGCAUUCCAGCCGGUGUCUAUUCCACAAGUUACCACCGGCUAAAUCUAUGAUGUUAAAAUGCCCAUUUACUCUGUUCCAUCUGACUGCCCAAUCCACUCUCAUCAGCCUAGCCAGGUACUUUAUAAACUUGAUCUCCACUAUAAAAAGGCAUGUAGACAUUCUCACAUUUCUUUUAGACUAACAAUAUUUUUUCAACAGUGGAGAUUUGAAUAAACCUUGAUCUGUCUCUCUGACAUUUGCAACAUUGUUUCAAUAUUCCAGCUGUCGCAUAGUAAUGAACGUGUCGGGAGGAGACAGGAAGGCAGCUUUUCUCAGCCAGUCGAAUUCAUGAAUCAGCAUAAUUUCUAUGGCUAUAUGCAAAGAAAUAUCAAUAGAAAACAGGUCAAACGUGCAGCUAGUUCUUUCCUGCUUCAGUUUGAAGUGAUUAUGUUAGCUGUGUUGUUGUUGGCUAGCUCCUCUGAACAGCAGUGUCCUGACGAGAGAGCACAUUUUCUAUGCCAGGUGAAAUCUUGCAUCAUUAGCUCAUUGUUAUGGAUGUAUCCAAAUAAAUGUCACUAGAAAACAGCUUAAACAGCUUAAACAAAUGCAAACGAAGCUACUGUUGUUAUUCUGGCUGCACUGUUUGACGUGACUGUAAAUUAGCCGUAGUAGCUAGCAAGCAAGGGAUCAGAACGUUGCCAGCCAGUGUGGCAAUAGAACAUUUAGAACGAAUGACUGUAUCCAUAGAUACAGAACAAAAACACCUAACGACUGGGUCGAGUCUCUGGAACCAAACCGAUAGAACGAACGACCAGCCGGCUUGGGUAGCAACCCUAGAUUUGUGUCGGGACUAUAUCUUGUGGAAGGAUGAAAUAGUUUGAAGAAAUUCAUCAAAAUAAUUUUUUUUAUUAAAAUAUGUAAAUCAUUAUUUGAAUAUGUUGGUAACCCCAUUGUAUAAAAGUGAUAAUGCCCUUGAAGCCGGUGUUUUGAAGAUAUAUUGACUUCGCCUCGGGCCUAACAACACCCGUGCCAAAAUAUCCUCCAAACACCGGCUUCGAGGGCAUAAUCACUUAAAUAAUAAAUAGCAUGUUACUGAAACGACAUUUGAGGAUACGUAGUACUGGCAUCAAAGUAGUCAUGUUUUCACAUUUCAGAAUUGCAAAUGAUGGGCAGCUUUGGCUCCCGGCUCCCACUAUUUCCAGGUAGAAGCCCAUUUCUCUUUCAACAUGUAAUAUGUGUCUGUUCCAACAGGAUGUGUUGUAUCAGUGGUACUCUGUCCUAUAAAGGAUGGUUGUCUACAAGAGGAUUAGAUCAGUGAAUCAAUGCUAGUUCAAAGUAGGAACAUCUUGUAGAGGUGUUUUAAGGCUCAACUAUGUUUCAGGUAAUCAGCCUGUAGAUUGGGGGGUUUGACCUAAUCAACAAAUUUUUUACAUUUUAGUCAUUUAGCAGACGCUCUUAUCCAGAGCGACUUAGUUAGUGAGUGCAUACAUUUUUAUACUGGCCCCCCGUGGGAAUCGAACCCACAACCCUGGCAUUGCAAACGCCAUGCUCUACCAACUGAGCUACACGGGACUAUAACACAUUGAUCCUUAUGUAACCCUAUGUAGUCCUGUGUAGCUAAAUGACUACCUGGGGUAUGUGUACCUUCUGUCUAUUCCCUAUAUAAUGCUUUUGACCAGUUACCAUUAGCCCCCCAAGGAAUUCAGCUAAAAUGAGAUGAAUUGAGGAAACCUGUUCCCAAGUAUUCCCUCAAAUAAAAUAAAAGAUGUCUCUCAAUGUAAUCAAGGUAUGAAAUGAUUGUCAUGUUCUUUUUGGGCUGAAUCUAGUUUCCUAUUCCUGAUACAGUAUAUUGCGACAUCAGAAUUUGAAAAUGUGAAAGCAGUUAGCUAGUCAUGUUUUUAUAUUCAUUUAACGGUCAAUAUUUUGUUUUGAAAAAUGUAAUCUGACCAAAGCACCGGUUCCAGUCCAGUACAGGAGGACUGGGGCCAGUAAUCUGACCAAAGCACCGGUUCCAGUCCAGUACAGGAGGAUUGGGGCCAGUAAUCUGACCAAAGCACCGGUUCCAGUCCAGUACAGGAGGACUGGGGCCAGUAAUCUGACCAAAGCACCGGUUCCAGUCCAGUACAGGAGGACUGGGGCCAGUAAUCUGACCAAAGCACCGGUUCCAGUCCAGUACAGGAGGAUUGGGGCCAGUAAUCUGACCAAAGCACCGGUUCCAGUCCAGUACAGGAGGACUGGGGCCAGUAAUCUGACCAAAGCACCGGUUCCAGUCCAAGUGCCAAUGCCAGGUGUUUACAUUUGUUGGAUGACAUGAAAAUAGAGCUCCCUGGCAACGCUCACCAGUGGUGGGUUUGGUGUGGAAAUGAGAAUGAAUGAGCAGAAAAUAACCCCAUACCUACUGUCAAAUAUGGUGCUGGAUCUUUGACGUUAUGGGGCUAUUUACCACUGGUCCUGGGGCCCUUGUUAAGGUCAACAGCAUCAUAAACUUUACCCACUACCAGGACAUUUUAUACAAAAACCUGGUUGCUUCUGCCAGGAGGCUGAAACUUGGCCGCAAGUGGAUCUUCCAGCAAGACAAUAACCUCAAGCACACAUUGAAAUCCACAAAGAAAUGGUUAAUUGGCCACAAAAUCAACAUUUUGAAAUGGCCAUCUUAGUCUCCAGACUUGAAACCCAAUGAAAACCUGUGGUUUGAAUUGAAGGGGGAAGUCCAUAAACGCAGACGAAGGAUAUCAAGGAUCUGGAAGGAUUCUGAAUGGUCGAAGCGCCUCCUAGUGUCUCCAACAUAAAACAUUGGAGAAAAGGGCUCCAUGCCGUUGUCCUCGCAAGGUGAGGUAUUGAAAACGGAUGUCAAUCAUUUUGACACUACCUUUUCUGAGCAUUUGUAUUAGUAUAAAAUAUAAUUUCCCUUUUUUUUUUUUUUUUGCGUACAAGACAAGCUCAGGCUAGCCUGAUUGUGGGUGUCAAGUGUGUGGCAUCGCUUUCUAUUGGCCGUGGAAUCAGCCAUAGCCUCCAGAACGUGUAAUGCUUCGAAAAAUAAAAGGAUGUUUCAUAAAUAUUCUGUUCACACGUUUUGCUUGAAUGCUCUUCAUGCAUCCAACCAUGAAAGACCCCUGUAACAGUCCCUGUAACAGUCCAGCAGGGUCAAAUGAUAAUCACAGUGGUUGUAGAGGGUGCAACAGGUCAGCACCUCAGGAGUAAAUGUCAGUUGAGCUCCGGUGCAUCCUGUUUCCAUUGAUCAUCCUUGAUGUUUCUACAACUUCAUUGGAGUCCACCUGUGGUAAAUUUUAAAUUUAUUGGACAUGAUUUGAAAGGCACACACCUGUCUAUAUAAGGUCCCACAGUUGACAGUGCAUGACAGCAAAAACCAAGCCAUGAGGUAGAAGGAAUUGUCCGUAGAGCUCCGAGACAGGAUUGUGUCGAGGCACAGAUCUGGGGAAGGGUACCAAAACAUUUCUGCAGCAUUGAAGGUCCCAAGACUCUUCCUAGAGCUGGCCGCCUGGCCAAACUGAGCAAUCGAGGGAGAAAGGCCUUGGUCAGGGAAGUGACCAAGAACCCGAUGGUCACUCUGACAGAGCUCCAGAGUUCCUCUGUGGAGAUUGGAGAACCUUCCAGAAGGACAACCAUCUCUGCAGCACUCUACCGAUAAGGCCUUUAUGGUAGAGUGGCCAGAUGGAAGCCACUCCUCAGUAAAAGGCACAUGACAGCCCGCUUGGAGUUUGCCCAAAGGCACCUAAAGGACUCUCUGAUCAUGAGAAACAAGAUUCUCUGGUCUGAUGAAACCAAGAUUGAACUCUUUGCCUGAAUGCCAAGCGUCACGUCUGGAGGAAACCUGGCACCAUCCCUACGGUGAAGCAUGGUUGUGGCAGUAUCAUGCAGUGGGGAUGUUUUUCAGGGACUGGGAGACUAGUCAGGAUCGAGGGAAAGAUGAACGGAGCAAAGUACAGAGAGAUCCUUGAUGAAAACCUGCUCCAGAGCGCUCAGGACCUCAGACUGGGGCGAAGGUUCACCUUCCAACAGGACAAUGACCCUAAGCACACAGCCAAGACAAUGCAGGAGUGGCUUCGGGACAAGUCUCUGAAUGUCCUUGAGUGGCCCAGCCAGAGCCCAGACUUGAAAACGAUCUAACAUCUCUGGAGAGACCUGAAAAUAGCUGUGCUGCGACGCUCCCCAUCCAACCUGACAGAGCUUGAGAGGAUCUGCAGAGAAGAAUGGAAGAAAGGUACACUUCAACUGAGACGGAAUCUAAAACAAAAAUCCAGAAAAUCACAUUGUAUGAUUUUAAAGUAAUUAAUUUGCAUUUUAUUGCAUGACAUAAGUAUUUGAUCACCUACCAACCAGUAAGAAUUCCGGCUCUCACAGACCUGUUAGUUUUUCUUUAAGAAGCCCUCCUGUUCUCCACUCAUUACCUGUAUUAACUGCACCUGUUUGAACUCGUUACCUGUAUAAAAGACACCUGUCCACACACUCAAACAGACUCCAACCUCUCCACAAUGGCCAAGACCAGAGAGCUGUGUAAGGACAUCAGGGAUAAAAUUGUAGACCUGCACAAGGCUGGGAUGGGCUACAGGACAAUAGGCAAGCAGCUUGGUGAGAAGGCAACAACUGUUGGCGCAAUUAUUAGAAAAUGGAAGAAGUUCAAGAUGACGGUCAAUCACCCUCGGUCUGGGGCUCCAUGCAAUAUCUCACCUCAUGGGGCAUCAAUGAUCAUGAGGAAGGUGAGGGAUCAGCCCAGAACUACACGGCAGGACCUGGUCAAUGACCUGGUCAAUGACCUGAAGAGAGCUGGGACCACAGUCUCAAAGAAAACCAUUAGUAACACACUACGCCGUCAUGGAUUAAAAUCCUGCAGCGCACGCAAGGUCCCCCUGCUCAAGCCAGCGCAUGUCCAGGCCCGUCUGAAGUUUGCCAAUGACCAUCUGGAUAAUCCAGAGGAGGAAUGGGAGAAGGUCAUGUGGUCUGAUGAGACAAAAAUAGAGCUUUUUGGUCUAAACUCCACUCGCCGUGUUUGGAGGAAGAAGAAGGAUGAGUACAACCCCAAGAACACCAUCCCAACCGUGAAGCAUGGAGGUGGAAACAUCAUUCUUUGGGGAUGCUUUUCUGCAAAGGGGACAGGACGACUGCACCGUAUUGAGGGGAGGAUGGAUGGGGCCAUGUAUCGCGAGAUCUUGGCCAACAACCUCCUUCCCUCAGUAAGAGCAUUGAAGAUGGGUCGUGGCUGGGUCUUCCAGCAUGACAACGACCCGAAACACACAGCCAGGGCAACUAAGGAGUGGCUCCGUAAGAAGCAUCUCAAGGUCCUGGAGUGGCCUAGCCAGUCUCCAGACCUGAACCCAAUAGAAAAUCUUUGGAGGGAGCUGAAAGUCCGUAUUGCCCAGCGACAGCCCCGAAACCUGAAGGAUCUGGAGAAGGUCUGUAUGGAGGAGUGGGCCAAAAUCCCUGCUGCACUGUGUGCAAACCUGGUCAAGACCUACAGGAAACGUAUGAUCUCUGUAAUUGCAAACAAAGGUUUCUGUAACAAAUAUUAAGUUCUGCUUUUCUGAUGUAUCAAAUACUUAUGUCAUGCAAUAAAAUGCAAAUUAAUUACUUAAAAAUCAUACAAUGUGAUUUUCUGGAUUUUUGUUUUAGAUUCCAUCUCUCGCAGUUGAAGUGUACCUAUGUUAAAAAUUACAGACCUCUACAUGCUUUGUAAGUAGGAAAACCUGCAAAAUCGGCAGUGUAUCAAAUACUUGUUCUCCCCAAUUUAUAUAUACAGGUAAAAGUCAGUAAAUUAGAAUAUUUUGAAAAAGUUGAUUUAUUUCAGUAAUUGCAUUCAAAAGGUGUAACUUGUACAUUAUAUUUAUUCAUUGCACACAGACUGAUGCAUUCAAAUGUUUAUUUCAUUUAAUUUUGAUGAUUUGAAGUGGCAACAAAUGAAAAUCCAAAAUUCCGUGUGUCACAAAAUUAGAAUAUUGUGUAAGGGUUACAUUUUGAAGACACCUGGUGCCACAAAAUAAUCAGCUGAUUAACUCAAAACACCUGCAAAGGGCUUUAAAUGGUCUCUCAGUCCAGUUCUGAAGCCUACACAAACAUGGGGAAGACUUCAGAUUUGACAGCUGUCCAAAAGGCGACCAUCGACACAUUGCACAAGGAGGGAAAGACACAAAAGGUUAUUGCAGAAGAGGCUGGCUGUUCUCAGAGCUCUGUGUCCAAACACAUUAAUAGAGAGGCAAAGGGAAGGAAAAACUGUGGUCAGAAAAAGUGUACAAGCGAUAGGGAUCACCGCGCCCUAGUCAAGAUUGUGAAAAAAAACCCAUUCAAAAAUGUGGGGGAGAUUCACAAGGAGUGGACAGCUGCUGGAGUCAGGGCUUCAAGAUCCACCACCAAGAGACGCUUGAAAGACAUGGGUUUCAACUGCCGCAUACCUCGUGUCAAGCCACUGUUGACCAAGAAACAGCGCGAAAAGCGUCUCACCUGGGCUAAGGAAAAAAAGAGCUGGACUGCUGCUGAGUGGUCUAAAGUCAUGUUUUCUGACGAAAGCAAAUUUUGCAUUUCCUUUGGAAAUCGAGGUCCCAGAGUCUGGAGGAAGACAGGAGAGGCACAGGAUCCACGUUGCCUGAAGUCUAGUGUAAAGUUUCCACCAUCAGUGAUGGUUUGGGGUGCCAUGUCAUCUGCUGGUGUCGGUCCACUCUGUUUCCUGAGAUCAAGGGUCAACGCAGCCGUCUACCAGCAAGUUUUAGAGCACUUCAUGCUUCCUGCUGCUGACCUGCUCUAUGGAGAUGGAGAUUUCAGGUUCCAACAGGACUUGGCGCCUGCACACAGCGCAAAAUCUACCCGUGCCUGGUUUACGGACCAUGGUAUUUCUGUUCUAAAUUGGCCAGCCAACUCCCCUGACCUUAGCCCCAUAGAAAAUCUGUGGGGUAUUGUGAAAAGGAAGAUGCAGAAUGCCAGACCCAACAACGCAGAAGAGUUGAAGGCCACUAUCAGAGCAACCUGGGCUCUCAUAACACCUGAGCAGUGCCAGAAACUCAUCGACUCCAUGCCACGCCGCAUUAAUGCAGUAAUUGAGGCAAAAGGAGCUCCAACCAAGUAUUGAGUAUUGUACAUGCUCAUAUUUUUCAUUUUCAUACUUUUCAGUUGGCCAACAUUUCUAAAAAAUCCCUUUUUUGUAUUAGCCUUAAGUAAUAUUCUAAUUUUGUGACACACGGAAUUUUGGAUUUUCAUUUGUUGCCACUUCAAAUCAUCAAAAUUAAAUGAAAUAAACAUUUGAAUGCAUCAGUCUGUGUGCAAUGAAUAAAUAUAAUGUACAAGUUACACCUUUUGAAUGCAAUUACUGAAAUAAAUCAAGUUUUUCAAAAUAUUCUAAUUUACUGACUUUUACCUGUAUACACACAGUGAGGGAAAAAAGUAUUUGAUCCCCUGCUGAUUUUGUACGUUUGCCCACUGACAAAAACAUGAUCAGUCUAUAAUUGUAAUGGGUUUAUUUGAACAGUGAGAGACAGAAUAACAACAACAACAAAAAUCCAGAAAAACACAUGUCAAAAAUGUUAUAAAUUGAUUUGCAUUGAUGAUGAAGAGGAAGGGACUGAAAUGGGUUCAAAGGCAGACCUCGUUCAGCACUAUUGAGACGACUUCGACAACCUGUGAAGAUGAUGUCAACCACAGAGAAGAGUCAAUGCCUCAAUACGGCUAUUAGCUAAAUGGUUCCACAGUAAGUUAUGUGUUGGAGUGCACUGUACAGCUUGGAGGUGCUGAGAGGGGAGUUCAGUUGGACUAGUAAUCUGAGUGGUUGGGGAGUCAUUGGUUAGCUUGGAGGUGCUGAGAGGGGAGUUCAGUUGGACUAGUAAUCUGAGUGGUUGGGGAGUCAUUGGUUUGUUCCCACCUUUACAAUUAUCUGUGAGCACAUGGAUCUAGAAUGGAAAAGUAGCAGUUCCUAGGGCCGAGACUACUGUACAUUCAGCUAGUAGUUCCUGGGGCUGAGACUACUGUACAUUCAGCAGGCAGGUAAUAACAUCCAGGCAGUCAGUAACCAGGCAGGCCAUACUGUCCAGUCAGUCAGUAACCAGGCAGGCAAUAACGUCCAGGCAGUCAGUAACCACGCAGGGACUCCGCAACAGUCAGUAGGCAGGCAGUCGGUAAUCAGCUAAGUACCCUAAUCCUCCUAGCAGGCUAAAGUCUUGCUUGACCUCCAGCUAUAUACAGCCUGUGAUAACAGCAUUAAAUGGUAACACCGCUCCCGACUCGCUCCUGGCUCGCUCUCAGCUCCCAGAAGCCAUUGCCAGUCGCUACGGCAACUUUUCAGCUGUGACUUCGGCUCCUCCUUCUGGUGUGUCUCCUCCUCUUCCUCCACCUCCUCCUCUUCCUCCUCCUCCUCUGUGUGCCUCUUCUUCCUCCUCCUCCUCCCUGUGUGUCUAAUUUGAGUUAUUUUAAUUGAUCAUUGGUAGCACUGUGAGGUGGGUUGAGCAGUAUAAAACGGGGUCCAGUUCUGUGAUGUGGGUUGAGCAGUAUAAAACAGGGUCCAGUUCUGUGAGGUGGGUUGAACAGUAUAAAACAGGAUCCAGUUCUGUGAGCUCAUCGCAGAAAGGAGGUGAAAUGGAUUAUGGGUUAUAUGUGGAGACUUAGCAGACAAAUAUAAUAUUUGUAUGGCAAUGUAACGAUGGGUUCUAGUGCCUCUCUUUUUCUCUCUCGCAGUGUGCCACGGUGCUCAAUUUAUGUGGCCUGCACGGCUGGUUGGCUCUCUCCCCUAAUUACCCCUAAUUGGUGCCAUCAGCGUCGGGGUGCCCAGCCCAGGUACUCCCAGCAGAGGGAGCCAACGUCACGGCACGUACCUCCCCUCUAUCACCAACCCCCGGGGUAGACGGGAUACCACACCAUGUUUAUCUCCAGCUGGUGGUUUAACUGUAGUAAGAGACGGUGGCCAAGAUCACAUUAGGGAGUGUUGUUUCUUACCUAAUGUUGUUGUCAUAGUGCAGCCUACUGAACCAUUUGGCCAAUAUAGGAUUAUUAUUUACAUCUAACUGCUGUUCCAUGAUUACAUUGAAUUUAUUUUAUUGAUAUGCAAUGAAAAUAUUGGUCAAAUGCUACACAGCCUCCAGUUAUAAUUCUAUAACUUGCUAUAAGCUUGUAUGAGCCUUUCUAAAGUAUUGUAACAAGGCUUAUAAUGUGUUAUGUCUCUCUAUGCAGUGUUAUUGAAGUCCAAACUCUAGAUACUUCACUGCAUAAGUACUUCCUCCCCUCUCAUCUGUAUGUUAUUUCUGUACUGAACAGUGUCACUGUGUGUGUGGCAGUACUGGCUGAAUUUGGCCUUAACCCAGUGCUGUAGCUCUUCUUGUUUACCGGUUUCCCUGCCUGAGAGCCUGGGAGCCUGGAGCCUGGGAGCCUGGGAGCCUGGAGCAUGGAGCCUGGGAGCAUGGAGCCUGGGAGCAUGGAGCCUGGGAGCAUGGAGCCUGGGAGCAUGGAGCCUGGAGCAUGGAGCCUGGGAGCAUGGAGCCUGGAGCCUGGGAGCCUGGGAGCAUUGA